CAACUACAGCAUCGGCAGCUGCAGCAGAGAAAAGGCGCAGCAAAUAGCGGGGCGGAUAGUGCCGGCGUUGGCCACAACAACAGCAGCAGUAACGGGGCUGGUGGCUCUGGAGCUGCUGAAGCUUGCUGCUGCUGCUGCGCGCUGCUGCAGCAGCUACAAGAACGCCUUCCUCAACCUCGCGCUCCCGCUGCUGCUCUUCUCGGAGCCCAUGCCCCCCAUUCGCCACGUCGACAAGGACUACGACCCCAUUGCCGGAGGGCCCGUCAGAGCCAUUCCCCAGGGGUUUACUUGCUGGGACAAGAUCGAAGUCGAUAUUCCGAACUGCCGCGUCAAGGACUUGGUGAUGUUUCUGGAAAAGAAAUUUAAUGUCUCUGAGCAGCAGCAGCUGCUGGCUCGGCUGCUGCGAAUGCUGCAGCCACGCAAAAGCAGCAGAAACACUACCUCCUUUUCGCCGUUUCUCCUACUUGUGCUGCUGCUCUAUAGCAGCAGCAGCAGCAACAGCAAUUGA